AUGGGAAGAAAUGGGGCAAUUUAUUGGCGUAGUAAUCAGUGUUGAUUUCAGAUCCCCAUCAUUUUCUUCAUCUCUGUCAAUCUCCAAUUCUCCCAAAAGCCAGUCAAAACCAAACCCCCUUCCAUCUCCGGUGGCAUAAUCAUGACCUACGGCACCAUUCCGACCUCCUCCGCCACUGCCGCCGCCAACCUCGAAUACAUUUCCCGCGCGAAACAGCGCUUCAAAGACGGCCUCGGCCACCGCCGUCCAUGGCGUCUAAUCGCCGACUACCGCUCCUUCACUCUCCCUUCCAACCUCCACGACACUCUCGCUCGCAUCAAAGUCAACCUCGCUUACUUCCGUAUGAACUACGCCAUCGUCGUACUCGUAAUCCUCUUCCUCGCCCUCCUCUGGCAUCCGAUCUCCCUCAUCGUCCUCAUCGUCAUGAUGACCCUCUGGCUCUUCCUCUACUUCCUCCGCGAUCAGCCUCUCAUUCUCGCCGGCCGCGUCGUCGAGGACUGGGUGAUUCUCCUCAUUCUCUCCAUUUUCACUAUCGGCUUCUUGUUCUUGACCAACGCCACGCUCAACAUUGUCAUCGCGCUUCUGAUCGGCGCCAUCGUCGUUGUGGCGCACGCCGCCGUGAGGAAAACAGAGAAUCUCUACUUGGACGAAGAAGCUGCUGGAUUGAUGGCUCCUGGAUCGUGAUCGGAACUCAUUCCUGUUCUUAAUUGUAGAGGUUAUUUUUCCAUUUUCUUCUUCUUCUCCUGAUUCCUUCCAGUGAUAUCUGUUCUUGUUCGAAUUUAAAAUUGAUGAAAUUACGUAAUUCGAUUUCUGCUUUCCAAUUCCACUUGAUUUAUCAUUCUUGUGAUGCAAAUAGGUUUAUUGUUCUUGGUGUU